CUAACACUACUUCCGGGGCACGCGGAAAACUAGCUCAAGCAAAUGCUAUUGAAUGCUACUGUCGCAGAAAUGCUUGUAACCCAAACGUGAGCGAUGGCAUAAGACAGAUUUUCUCAGGUUAAUUUAUCAUCUGAAGCUUCCUUAUUUGGCCCCAGCUGCUGCCUCAGCACACAUAUCCACUGAGAAACAUGACAGAGCCACGCAACCCAGGCAUGUCCUCUAUCCCUCAGACAGCUCCGGUGCACACUGACUCCCCCUCUGUGGCUGUAGAGAUGGACCCAGUGGAGUACACCCUUAGGAAGCGCCUCCCACGGAAACUCCCAAAGAGACGGAACGACGUCUACGUCAACAUGAAGACAGAUUUCCGAGCUCAGCUGGCACGCUGUCAGAAGUUGCUGGAAGGUGGGGGUCACAAGGAGAUCUGUGUCCACGGCCUGGGCCUGGCCAUCAACAGGGCGAUCAACAUCGCCCUUCAGCUGCAGGCCAGCAGUCAGGGGGCGCUGCAGCUGGCAGCCAACACCUCCACAGUGGAGCUUGUGGACGACCUGGAGCCUGAAGAUCCUGAUGAGGUCGGGGAGCCCAUGACGCGAACACGCAACAAUUCAGCCAUUCAUAUUAAGGUUUUCUACCCUGACCCUCAGUGACAUGAAUAGAGGUGUGUCAGGCAGAGGUUGUCCGUGAGUCUUCAAGUACUGCUUAUUCCCUCAUAAAGCAGUAGAGGGAUAAAACUGUUUUGUCUGGUGAGACUGUGUGUGGAGACCUGCAGAGCACUGAAGAAUGGAGGACAUAGAGUGUAUGGAAUAACUUUUUUGUCAUGUGUUUUGUCAGUAGUAAAUUGUUGCUGUUGUUCCUUUUUCACCUUGCAUGUCUUAAAGCAAAAGUGGAGUUCGCCAUGUGAAACCUCAGUUUAAUUAAAUACUUGUAAACUGUGCCAAAUGUAAAUGUAUCUUUAAUUCUAACGCCCAAGUAACGGUCUGUGCAAAUGAUUUUGGUUUCAUGUCUGUAUGUUUUUUUUAAAGAUACAAUAAUUAAGAAAUACUGAUGAAUCCUAAGUUUACAUUUCAAACUGGUGUUGCUGUUGUAAGUGUCCACUAGAUGUCAGUAUUUUAAAUCUUUUUGGUUUCAGAUUGUUGAACUGUUGGUGGUGUUAAUUUUCAAAAUACCUUUGUGGUUUUCAGGAAGAUGAUGUAUAUGCUUUCUUGACAAAAAACCCCACAAAUAAAUAGGUUAUUUAAGACGA